UUCAGCCUACAGUACACGUGUUUUGUAUGAGAUUAUAUUAUUACCUGUGAGAAAUUGUGUACAUGUCAACUGAUGACAAUAAUGACGGUAAUAAAAGGUGAGCGAAGGAAAAUAUUUAUCGAUACUGGAGAGUAUCGCGGUAGGUUUUAUUUUCAGUUCUUUCAAAAAUUCGAUAUUCUUUUUUCUAUCAAGUGGAAGGAUCCACUAAUUGGUUUAUAAAAAAUUUGAAACAAAUGAUCAUCUGUAUAUGUAACUUCACCCUUAUUUUUAAUAAUUUUAAUCAUUUGGGGGUGCCGUGACACCGAUAUUUCGAAAGAAUAAUGCAUCUCCGGAUGAUUAUUGAUCUUCUGUGCUACUGUACACAUGCGCAUUACGCCAUGAUUCAAUGUAACUCAAAAACUUGUACAGAGCAAUGUUUCCCAACGUACUACGCGUUAUUACCGAGUUCAUAAUAAUAUUCAAUUGUGUAAAUAGUGAAAAUAUAUUCAAGCAAAAUGACCAAUUGCCACCGGGUGGUUUACAAAGGUGCAUCGAGAGUUUCGAUGUGCACAGGGAUAAAAUAAUUAGAACACAGGAUUCCCUGGCCCUCGGUGCCAAGUAUAUCAUGGAGGACGAAGUUGAUGAUAGGCAAAAUUGCUUGAGACUCUGCUGUCAAACCAACGAUUGUGACGUAUUUAUCUUCGAGGAAAAGAAGAGAGGCAGCUGUUACUUAUUCCACUGUGGCCCACCCCAAGACUUCAAAUGUAAAUUCACGAGUCACUUGAAUUACACGAGUGCAGUACUCACAAAUUUGAGCUACAGAAAUCCCCCGUACGUGGAGCAAUCCGGGAGAUCCCAGCAGGAGCAUGAAUUAAAGUCUCUCCGGAAGGUAGUAGUUCCACAAGCACCAGCAGAAUACAUCUACACAGAUGCGCCAGUGGUUACCACAGAAAUUCCAAAGCCAGUUGUCCUGACAACUCCAGCUAAGACCGGCUGCAGUAGAAACCAAUACGAAUGCCGAACCUCUGGUGAUUGCAUUGCAAUCUAUAACGUCUGCGAUGGCAUACCCCAGUGCACAGACGGUUCGGAUGAGGCUGCAGAGUUGGGCUGUCCACCAGAGAAACCCACACCUCCACCUCCCGUUAUUCCACCGAUGUUACCACCACCUCCAGAGCUCAAGUAUCCAGAAGGUGUUCAGCAUAGAAAAAAUUUGCAGGCUUUUUAUGAAGGUCCUGAGGUUGGGCCCAAGCCCUGGCAGUUGGCCCACCAGAUGAUGCCUCAACAACCGGGACCCCCUUAUCCUCCUCAAACAGGAGUUAUGCCCAAGGGAAAUUAUGGUGGACAGGGAUACAUCGGUGGAUGGGAGUACAGACAGAUAUAUGAUCAGACUAAGGAUAAUUAUCAGAUGAGUAAUAUUCAUAGCAAGGCAGAUAUCCCGCAUUACGAUCGUGAACAACAACCACAUAUAUUCAAUCACAAACGACCAGGAAUGCUUCCAGAAAAUGUUGAAGGAGCUGGAUACGUGGAAGCUGAGCGGCCAUACGAGUCCUACUAUCAAGUCCAGAAUCACGCAGGCUGGCAGCAAAUACCUCCCCAAUUGGUUCCCAUCGAACCAAAAUUUCCAAUAGUGCCAACGCCAUCACCACCGAUGCAAAAAUUAGAGCUGCACCCAGUUCCCCAGGAGCAGGUGAAAAGUUCGCCAGUACCUCCUCCCACUCCUCCACCACUUCCAAAAUUAGAUAUCCCGACAAAGUCAAAUCCCAGCAUAAAGAAGGAGUUGAAGACUCAGAAGAGCCUGUUCACUUCGCUUCCCAAGAAAGCCGAAGUGACUGUUGAGAAUCAACCGGCUGUGAAGAAAGACCCUGAGCCAAUAAAAGAAACUGUUUCACACUCAACACAAGAAGAGCAUCAUACAGAGGAAACGAGAGUGCAUCAUUUUGUGGCCGAGCAUUUAAAACAGAACAAUCAUAAAGACAGUGAAGUACUGAGACCGAGGGGUGCAGUUAUAUCACUAGCACUUGGUUUAACAGUUACAGCGAUAAUGGCAACACUGAUUGGGUGCAGACUGAAGGCUGUGAGAAAACGUGGACGACGGGGACAUGGACCCUUUGCUCACGAUGCAGAUUAUCUUGUCAAUGGAAUGUACCUCUGAAUAAAUAUUAUUACAUUUCA